AUGAAGUCCACUAUUGUAGCUGCUGGUGUACUACUACAAGCGGGGAUGUCAAUCGCGAAGCCAUACCUUUAUGAAACGAAUGGCAUUGUAUAUAAUGUUGAGUCUCGAGAUAGAGUAUUUAAGGAGAACGCGGCAGCCAUUGAAGUUCGAGGGAUGAGCCUGGAGCAGGCCAAUGUAGCUGAUAGUUGCAUGGACUCCUACAAUCUGGACGAAAAUGGACCAGGCCCUCACCCAACAGGCAGGCCGGAUCCUGAUUUCGAUUUCUUCGAUUUUUGUUCUUCCUUCAUUCGCCCAACUAAGACGUACACUGUGACAAUACGAACCAGCACUCCAACCCCGCCAGUUGUAACAAUCACUGUGACUGCUACUAAGACGUCUACUUCGACCAAGCCCACUACGACAAGUUCGCCGCCUCCGCCCCCACCUUCACCUCCAACUACAAAGAGCACCUCGACUCAAGAUGUUGUGACUGUUACUGUAACUGUGACCUGGACAAGCACAAGCACAUCUUCGAAGCCAACAACUCCUCCAGCACCGCCAACAACAAGUACUACGAGCAAGGCACCUACUGCGACGCCUACAUCUACAUCUGUAUCGACCUCAUCGUCAACAUCCCGAGCCCCAGUUUCGCCGACAACAAGCACAACGAGCAAGACUCCAACACUCACUAGAACAUCUACAUCUAUAUCCAGCUCUUCAUCAUCAUCCCAGACUCCACUACCGCCAUCCACCACGACCGUACCACAUCCCCCAGCAGCAACCGGCUCCCUCUGUCCAACCCCCAUCGCCGGUCAAAUCUGCGGCGUCACAGGAUGGGGCUACGCCGAGAACAACCUCUACUACGGCUCCUCCAUAGACGCAGCAACCUGCCACCAACUCUGCCUCGCCAACCCUGACUGUAAAAGCUUCCAAACGCAGGAUAGCAGCUACGAUGCGCCGCAGUGUAAUCUGUACAAGGUAGAUUCGUCAGGAAAUAAUACCAUUCCUGGCGCGGCGCCGUAUGUGUUUUAUGAUCGGGGGUGUCCAGAUUAUUCUCCUGCUGCAUGCACAAAAGUCGCACCACCAGCCACAACCCCACGACCUACCCUGACCCUUGGGUCCGGCCUCGUUGAACGACAGAGGGGUGGUGGUGGGAGACCUUCAUCUGCGAGUCUGCCUUGGUUCUUAGAGCCGUUUGGGCCAGAGACCAUCAGUGAGGUAUGUAGUUGUAUCAUCACGCGGCCUCCACCCGCUAUUGGGUAUACGACGACAGUGCGCUGGUAG